AUGUCUUCUGCAAUAAUGGAAUCUAACGACUUCACGAUGUGGCCAAGGAAGACCCGAGGCAUCCACAAGCCGAUAAAUAGAUCAUGCGCUCACAACAAGAAUAUCACCAUACCUCUUAAUAACAAUCAAGAAAUCCUAUCACCCAUACCGUCAGGACACCUCGAGACCGCCACCAAAUUCUGGCAGUUCAUGGUCGAAGAGGGUCGAACGACCUACGUGCGCUAUGGCACCAUCAGAGCUGACGGUAGUCUCAAGGAGAGGGCGACGCACAUUCAGCAACACCUGAAUUACGCGGAUGCCAAGGAGUUUGUGGAAAAUUUGGUUGAUGAAAAAAUCAAGGCUGGAUAUGUUGGUUGGGCCCAUUGGUGA